AUGGUCGCUGUCCAGCCGCCCGCCCUUGUUCUUGUCACUGGUGCAUCUGGAUUCUUGGCAGCCCAUGCAUGCCAGACACUCCUAGAGAAGGAGUUCAAGGUCCGUGGUACAGUCCGCUCUAAAGAGAAGGGCGAGUACCUCGUAAACUUAUACAAGAACUCCAACUUCAGUUACACGAUCGUUCCCGAUAUCCGCCCGCCCAAUGCGUUCGAUGAGGCGGUCAAGGGAGUCGACGCGGUCCUCCAUAUGGCAUCGCCUUUCCAGGUCAACGUUGUAGACCCCGAGGAUCUCGUGCGCCCCGCCGUCCAGGGCACGAAGGGCGUACUGGAAAGCAUACAGACGUUCAACUGCGUGACUAUCAUUCCGAGUGUCAAACGUGUCAUCAUCACUUCGUCGAUCGCAUCCAUCACCGUACCCUCCGAGCCAGGACACGUCUUCACAGAAACGGACUGGAAUACCUUGAGCGCCGACAUCGUCGCACGGGAGGGGAUCAACGCGCCGGGGAUGGAGAAGUAUCGCCUCAGUAAAGUCUCUGCCGAACGAGCUGCGUGGGAGUUUGUAGACGGUCAGAAGCCGACUUGGGAUCUGGUGACCGUGUGCCCUCUAAUGAUUUACAGGACUAUCAUCCACGAGUGUGCAUCGGUUGAGCGCUUGAACACGUCGAUCGCCCAACUCCGCGUUGCCUUCACGCCCGAAGGCGCUAAGAGGGGCGAAGAUGCCGGACGCCAGGCAGGCAACUGGGCGGAUGUACGCGAUGUCGCCGAAAUACACACCCAAGCGCUCCUGCAGCAAAAGGCCGGAGGCAAUCGGUUCAUCGCUGGUGGCGGGCCGUUCAGUUGGCAAAUGAUGUACGACUCUGUCCAAGCGUUCGGUCAUAUCGACGGGCUCGACGUCGACCAGCUUCCAAAGGGGACACCAGGCAGCGACAGGAACACGGUGUACAUGGUUACGAGCAACGAAAAAGCAAAAAGAGAACUAGGAAUCAAGUUCCACCUUAUGGGCGAGUGCGUUCGAGACACUUUGCUGAGCUUGAAGGCACUUGGAUUCUUCUGA